CUCAUAAAAGUUAACCGAUACCAUGAACUAAUACCAACUUAUUUCAUGAUUCAGAGGGUGGCCUGUACUUUCUGUUGUAAUUUUUUAGAUUGGCCACUAGGGGGACAUGUCGCUAGGGGGUUAGGCGAGUGAGAUUGGCGGCUCCUGUAGCUAGCUAAAAAGGUGUCAGCAGUGUGGACUUUCUUCAAAAGUUUUGAAGAUGACAGAAGCAAGGCCGAGUGCAAACUGUUUACUGAUAAGGUGUCCAGGGGAGGUAAGGAGAGGACAGGUUAUGCGCUGGAAUACACCCAGUUUGCUAAGGCUAAUGCAAGACCAGAACAGUCCAGGUUAACUCAGGUUUAGGAAAAGCGACAAAAAAUGUCAAGAGAAAAUCCACGGUCAGUUAAAAUAACAGAGGCUUUGACUCAAUUUAUCACCCUGGCUGUCGGUCGUGGCAAACGUAGGAUUUCGCCGUCUUCUCAGCAUACUCGAACCGCGAUAUGAGAUUCCCAGCUGCCCAUACAUCAUGGACGUAAAGGUUGCCAAAACUUUUGGAAGAGGUAGAAAAACACGUGCAUAACCUCAUGCAGGAGGUUUCAGCCUUAAGUUUCACUACAGACAUUUGGACAAGCAGUGUGUCCCCGAUGUCACUCCUCAGUUUAACGGCGCAGUGGAUUGAUAAAGAGUUUGUUUGUCAUCAAAUCACACUACAUGCAAAGUCAUUCAGGGGCUCGCACACCAGCCAAACCAUUGCAGCUGCUUUCGAUAUCAUGCUUCAGACCUGGGAUAUACUGAAACAACGUCCGUCUAUGUCAUGCUCCAGGACAACACAAGAUAAAGGCCAUGAGUAAUGCAGAGCUGCCCAGCCUACCUUGUACUGCUUACACUCUCCAGCUGGUUGUUCAUGAGGGCCUUCUGUCACAGAGGAGUGUUGCUGAUGCGAUGGCAGUUGGCUGCAAAAUAGUUGGACAUUUUAAACAUUCUGCUCUGGCCAGCUCCCGUCUCAAGGACAUUCAAUUACAGGUCAACCAGCCCGCGAGGCGGCUCCAGCAAGAAGUUCAGACCCGCUGGAACAGCACCUUUUAUAUGAUACAGACAUUGAUCGAGCAGAAACAGGCUCUGGGAAUAUUCGUGUCUGAAUAUGGACUAACUGAUAUGCUGAUGGCUCACCAGUGGACGCUGCAAGAGAAGGUGAUAUCUGUCCUGGGUCCAUUCGAGGAGCUAACUCGAAAAGUCAGCUCUUCAGAUGCCAUGGCUGCAGAUGUUAUUCCAGCCGUCACUGUGCUCCACAGAUUCCUAACAAGGGAGACUGAUGAGGACCGUGGGAUUAAAGCAAUGAAGGGAACCUUGGCUGCAGCUGUCAGGAUGCAGUUCACUGACGUGGAGGAAAACCCACUCUAUGGCAACGCCAUGCUACUCAAUCUCAGAUAUACAAAUCGUUUUUUCUCCAGCACCAUAACUGCUGCAAAUGCCAAAGAGAUGCUAAAACUUGAACUGCUAAGGUUGCCUGGAGAUAAGCAGGAGGAUCAUGACCUGAAUGACCCACCUUCAAGAAAAGCACGCAGUGACCAGCCCACAACUAGUCUGGACAGCAUGUUUGAAGAAAUUACAGAUGAGCAGGCAUCAGCAUCGGUGGGCAAAGCUGCGGUAGGUUCUAGUGUAGAGUUAGAAACAUAUCUUGGAGAGGCCACAAUUUUACGAGAAGACAAACCACUACAAUACUGGAUGAUUAAUAAAGUGCAGUUCCCGAACCUGGCUAAAGUGGCGGACAGAUACCUUUCAGCACUAUGCACAAGUGUUGAUAGUGAAAGGCUGUUCAGCUCAGUGUCACGCAAAAUAGUUCACUGUUAUUUUGUUUGGAUAUAAUAUGGACA